GCGAUAAUCCCACCGUCUCCCACCGUCCUACCGGUACAUCCACAUCCACGACCACGAUAGCAACAAGCAUCGAUCCAUUCGCCAUGUUCGCCCCCCGCAACGCCUUCCAGCGCGCUGCCCAGCAGCUGCGCUCCACCCCGGUCCGCACCACCGUCCAGCGCCGGGCCAACAGCUCCAACUCCAAGCUUCCCUCCUGGGCCGCCGACAACGCUUUCAACCGCGAGAGAGAGGCCGUCAAGCACCACGCUGCUUCGACCAGUGACCUCUGGCGCAAGCUCUCCAUCUACGGUAUCCCCCCCGUUCUCAUCGCCGGCGCUCUCAACGCCUACAACCUCUGGGAGGAGCACUGGGAGCACUGGGACCACAUGCCCCCCCUCGAGGAGCGCGUCGAGUACCCCUACCAGAACAUCCGGGUGAAGAACUUCCCCUUCGGUGAUGGUGACAAGACUAUCUUCUGGAACUCCAGCGUCAACUACCACAACAAGGACAAGGCUACCUAAAUGCCUUUCUCGUGGUGGAUUACGACCGGAUGAGAUGACAUAGGGAGCGGAGUGGAGGGAGGGGACGGAGUACAGCUUCUUGAAUGAUCUCGCACUGUUGCUGGCAAUCAAGGGACAUGUAUAUUUAUUUUUUGCUGCACUUGGUGCAGGGAGAUAGAGCGUGUCGGGGGCCGUUGGAGGGGUGGAAUGAGAUGAGAUAGCGCCAUACAAUCAAUCCUGCUUAUAUUUCUUUUGUCUGGAGUUUUUGCUUGGGGUUUGGAUGGGUGGAUGGGUGGGUUGGUGUUGGGGUGUUUGUGGUUCUAUUGUCAGAUUUAGUGGGUUGUAGGUUGUAGAUUGGAUGUUUGAUGAUGGAUGUGGUUGUGGUUGGUGAUGUCUCGUCUUGGGUAUGGUACAAUAU